ACUUAUCUGGCCUGAAGAGACAGCCGCUAGGCUGGAAACAGCAUAAAUGCAUCCAUGCCGAGCACAUCUACCGAGUUAACGGAAGAGUGGUACUCUGAGGAGGCCAUGGCCGCUGAGACUCUGGUCACAGUUCGUCUGGUGAGGUCCUUUGAGCACAGGAACUUCAAACCUGUGGUGUUUCACGGUGUCCGCUUGGAGCAGACCGUGCAGGACUUCAUGCAGCUCGUCAGAGACGAUAUUGCAACAAGGCCAGGACUUACCCCUCCAUUCAGGAAAUAUGGUUAUGACACUAUGAAGAUUAUCCACCAAGCUCAUCGAGCAAAGACAAACGAGUUAGUGAUGAGUUUAGAUGAUGAUGAAACUCUCAUUCUGCAAGAUGGCCAAACCCUCAGAGCUGCUGGUGUUGCUAACGAGACAGAAGUGGCCUUCUUCAGGAAGGAAGACUACAGUCUGUAUAAGGCUAACCCCAAAACUAACUGGUGACUGCAAACUUAAUGCUGCAUAAAGGACAGAGGUCAAAGGGCAAACAUGCCAAGAACAAACCC